UCCACAGAACAAAUGAUUGUUAACAUCAUCACCAUAAUAAUGAUAAUUAUCACCAUAUUAUCAGUCAGACAACAGGAAAGGACCAGGCAGCUAAGGACAAAGCCCUGCAGAAUAUGGCGGUCAUGUCAUCUGCUCAGAUCAUCUCUGCUACAGCCUUCCACAAUAAAAUGGCCCUUACCCGGGGACCAGCCUAUCCAGCCGUCUCAGGGUUUUGGCAAGGAACUUUGCCAGGCCAAGCUGGAACUUCCCAUGAUGUGAAACCUUUCUCUCAACAAACCUAUGCUGUUCAGCCUCCGCUCCCUCUGCCAGGGUUUGAAUCUCCUGCUGGGUCCACCCUGUCACCAUCAACCCCUCCAUGGCAAGGCCGAAGUGUGGCCAGCUCCAAGCUCUGGAUGUUGGAGUUCUCUGCCUUCUUGGAGCAGCAACAAGACCCAGACACGUAUAACAAGCACCUAUUUGUACACAUUGGCCAGUCCAGUCCCAGCUACAAUGACCCCUACCUCGAAGCGGUGGACAUCCACCAGAUCUACGACAAAUUCCCAGAUAAGAAGGGAGGACUCAAGGAGCUCUUUGAACGAGGACCCUCAAAUGCCUUCUUCCUCGUCAAGUUCUGGGCUGACCUCAACACCAACAUCGAGGACGAAGGCAGCUCUUUUUAUGGGGUCUCCAGUCAGUAUGAGAGUCCUGAGAACAUGAUCAUCACUUGCUCCACCAAAGUCUGCUCUUUUGGCAAACAGGUUGUGGAGAAAGUAGAGACAGAGUAUGCCCGCUAUGAGAAUGGCCACUACUCCUACAGGAUUCAUCGGUCUCCUCUCUGUGAAUAUAUGAUCAACUUCAUCCAUAAGCUAAAGCACCUGCCAGAGAAAUACAUGAUGAACAGUGUAUUGGAGAACUUCACUAUACUGCAGGUGGUCACCAACAGAGAUACCCAAGAAACCCUACUAUGUAUUGCAUAUGUGUUUGAAGUGUCUGCAAGUGAGCAUGGAGCCCAACAUCACAUCUACCGGCUGGUGAAAGAAUAAAAGACUCAGGGUGGGGAUGGAGGACGAAAAGAACCAGGCUGUGUGUCUACAGGGAAAGCUGGAAGAUCUCGUCUAUGCCUGACGUUCAAAAUCAAGAAGAGAACAUUCUGCCCCCUUCCCAAGAGCAAACAUAAUCCCCUAACCUCAAAUAAACUCGAGAUUUUAUGUA